UGGUGUUGGCGGGUGCGGUACCGUAUCGUAGAGCACACAGCGGCGCCACGAUCAUCGACCACUUUCAUUGCUCUGCACUGGUAUUACUGUAUUGGUGCGGAUCCUAGCAGAAGGUUUUCCAUAUCCAGCAACAUAGAAACCAAGUGCUCUAUUUCAGGUGCUACCGGUAUUAUCUUGCUAGCAUUGAUUUCCACUGUCAUUAAUCUUUUGGUCAUUGGGAAGAUACCCAAAAAACUCUGGAAGUAUUUUGUAAGAAACAACGCUAUCGACAAUGGCCAAGUACGCUUACGCUCCCCUUUCCAUUGACGACAACCGCAAAGGUGGCGGUGGUGGCUAUUUGAACACGCCUCAAGCAUCCAGUGGUGAUAAUCAAGAUGGCUUGGUUCACGAACGAAUGCCCAUGUGUGUGGGAUUUUGUGUCCUGUUGGCCAUUGUCUUUGUGCUGAGUCGGACGGGAGAUUCCGAGGCCAUUUACAAUUCUCACAGCAGUCAAAUGAGGACCAGUAGUAAUACACAACAAACCAUGAGUCCCACGGAGAUGGGCAAGAAAUGGAUUCCGGAAGAAAAGGAAAUGAUGGAAAAGAAACCCGAAAAAACAGGGAAUGUGUGGCCGAGACCUAAUACCGAGCCUGCUAGUUCCACUACCAGCGACGAAACCAGCACAGGAGCAACAACAACUACCACCGCUACUUCUUCUACUAGUAGUACCAGCUCUACCCCCGAAUUGCACUGUCCCGAACCCCCACCUUGUCCUGCUACGAAAGGUGAUCUCGAUCUCAACAAUCCUCAGCAGGCCAAUGACAUUAUGGCACAAUUGCGAUCCAAAGCACUCGAGUCCAGUCCACCUCACAUUAUCGAAUGCGCUGCCGCCGAGGCGGGAGAAUCGCAAGCGGCAUGCCACUUGCCGGCUGCCAAACGAUUCGCGGCGUUGGGACAAAAGGGUGCCACGCUGUGGAUGACCGGUUGCAGUGGCGCCGGGAAAACCACCAUUGCCACGGCAUUGGAAGAAAAACUCAUCACCCUCUAUGGCAAACACGUCUAUCGUCUGGAUGGCGAUAAUCUACGCACCGGCCUCAACCGUGAUUUGGGAUUCAGUGAAGCCGAUCGGGCCGAAUCCGUCCGGCGAACGGGCGAAUUGGCCACUCUCUUUAGUGAUGCUGGCAUUAUUACCUUGGUGGGUCUCAUUAGUCCCUAUCGAGCCGAUCGGGAUGCCGUCCGGAAACGACAUGAAGAUCAGGGAAUUCCCUUUUACGAAAUCUUUUUGGAUGUCCCCGUCGAGGAACUCAAAAAUCGUGAUCCCAAGGGACAGUAUGCCAAGGUGGCGUCGGGUGAACUCAAGCACUUUACCUGUAUCGAUGACCCCUACGAGGAACCACUGCAUCCCGAAAUCACGCUCAAGACACAUGAACUGGAGAUUGAACAAUCGUCCAAUAUACUCUUUCGCCAGUUGGAACAAGACGGAAUCCUACAGGGAGCUCCCAAGGUCCUGCCCGAGUCGGUGCUGCCCAAUCCGGAUGGAGAAGAAAUUGUUGAUUUGCACGUCCCCGAAAGCCUCAAGGCGGAACGCACGGCCGAAGCCAAGACUCUUCCCCCCGUUCUCCUUCAUGACAUUGAUUUGAAUUGGCUGCAAACCAUUGGAGAAGGAUGGGCAGCACCCCUCAAAGGAUUCAUGAGAGAGGGAGCCCUGUUGGAAACUUUGCAUUUCAAUUCCAUUCUGACGGAUCCUUUUAACCUUACCGGCAAUGUGGAUCGACUCAACAGUCAAACGGACUUUGCUCAUUUCUCCGAACAUCCCGCCCCCGAUCGAGUCAGUAUGUCCUUGCCCAUUACUCUGUCUUGUACUUCCUUUACCAAGGAUUUGAUUGAGAAGAGCGACAAGAAGGCUGUGGCAUUGGUGACACAAAUGGGAAAGACCGUGGCCAUUCUUCGCAAUCCCGAAGUCUACAACAAUCGCAAGGAAGAAAUUGUGACGCGCAUGUACGGUGUCAUUGAUAUGGAUCAUCCUUACAUCAAGCACAUUUACGGCGGCGGUGACUAUUUGAUUGGAGGAGAAGUGGAACUGCUGGAACGAAUCCAAUACAAUGAUGGUUUGGACAAAUGGCGCAAAACUACCACCGAGUUGUACCAGGAAUUCCACCAAAAGGGAGCCGACACCGUUUACGCCUUUCAAACAAGGAACCCCACCCAUGCUGGCCAUGCUUAUCUGAUGCGCAGUGCCGGAGAGGAUCUCAAAAAGCAGGGAUACCAGAAACCUGUCUUGUGGUUGAGUCCAUUGGGAGGUUGGACCAAGGAAGAUGAUGUGCCGUUGGAUGUGCGUGUCACGCAGCAUGAACAUGUAUUGGAUGCCGGCACUUCUCAUCCUGGUGGUUUGGACCCCGAAACAACUGUCAUGGCGAUUUGGCCUGCUCCUAUGGUGUACGCGGGCCCAACUGAAGUACAAUUCCAUGCCAAGUCACGCCGCAACGCUGGUGCCUCAUACUUUGUGGUUGGACGUGACCCUGCCGGAAUGAAAGGAAGUCCGAAUGCCGUUGCCCACCCUGACGAUGACUUGUAUGACGGAGAUCACGGUCGCUAUGUCCUCCAGAAUGCUCCCGGUAUUGCUGGUGAAAUGAACAUGUUGAGUUUCGUUAAGGUCAUGUACGAUAUCACCGACAAUGUCAUGAAGGUGCCUGAUCCCGACCGACCGGACGACUUCAUCAGCAUUUCUGGAACCAAAAUGCGUUUGUUGGCACGCAAUGGGGCUACCCUUUGCAGCCCCACCAAUAUCCCCACGGAUCUCGUUGAAGCCAAUUGCAUUCCCAGUGGAUUCAUGGUGCCCAAGGGUUGGGACCAAGUAGUAGACUACUACAAACACGCAGACGAAAAGCGCUGGAUUCCCUGGUCUCAGCCCAACAUCGAACCACCCGAGGCUCGCAAUACCAAGUCGGAAGGCAAACUAGGCCGGGGAUCCUACGAACUCCGAUCGUCCAAAUACGAAAGUUGGUGGCACGAUAUUCCCUGGAAACCGACCAACCCGGAAGAACCCAAUAUCAUCCACUUCAUUACCGAAAUCCCCAUGCACAUGGCUGCCAAGAUGGAAGUGCAGAAGGCUGGCAAGAACAAUUGCAUUGCCCAAGACACCAACUCUGAUGGCUCCCCGCGAUACUAUUCCUACGGUACACCCUUUUUCAACUAUGGAUUUGUCCCCCAGACCUGGGAAGAUCCCAACCUCAAGUCAGCUCAAGGAUACGGCGGUGACAACGAUCCCGUUGAUAUCAUGGAGUUUGGUUCGAUUCCUCUUCGUAUGGGAAGCUUGCGACGUUGCCGUGUUCUUGGCAGUCUCGAACUGAUUGAUGAAGGAGAAACGGAUCACAAGAUUAUCUGUAUUGCUCUUCACGAAAGCGACGAUGUGGAAGCGCAAGAAGCCGCCAACGUUCAUUCCUUGGAAGAUCUGGAAAAGUGGAAGCCCGGUGUCAUGGAUCGUCUUCGUGAUUGGUUGAAGCGUUACAAGACAAGCGAUGGAAAAGCCGAGAAUAACUUGGCCUCGGACAUUCCAAGAACUAUCGAUGAAGCCAUGGCAGUGGUGGAGGAGACGCAUAAUCAUUGGAAGAGCUUGUGUGGGCAUGAUGGCAGUGACCUGUCGCAAUGGUCAGGUAAGAUCGAUGGAUUUUGGUUGGACAGCCCAGGAUGCCGUGGGCAGUAAGUUAAAGGAAAGAAAGCAAGGUGUGUGAUGAAGAGAAACAGAGGUUCGCACUGUUAGAAAACAACUUCUAGAUUUGGGUAUCAUUCUUGU